GCUUCAAACGGAACCACCGACGUACGCGAGCAACUUGAUUUUGUGAUGAACGCGUGAAUACGUCUACAACAUGAUUCUCAGAUUGCUUCUAGUCUGUCACCUCAUCUUACCAGGUUCUUGGUGUUUAAAAAGUGUGGUGAUGUGGGCGCCCGAGAUGGUCAGGGCGGGCACUACACUCCAGCUGAUCUGCCACUACGACCUGGAAGAUUCCGACCUGUAUUCAAUCAAGUUUUAUCAGGGCGACCAGGAAUUCUACAGAUACGUGCCGAAAGAGGCUCCCCCAACCAGGGUGUUCGCACUCCCGGGAAUACAAGUUGACAUUUUUCAGUCCAAUGCUACCGUGGUAACGCUGAACAACGUCCAGAAAGAAAUGUCCGGACUGUACAAAUGUGAAGUGUCGGCCGAUGCUCCUUCUUUUCACACAGUGAUCAGAUCGACAAACAUUGUAGUCAUAGAAAAACCCGUGACAAUACCGGAGGUCAGGGUCGAGAAGACGAAAUAUAACAUUGGCGAGAAGAUUCGGGCCAACUGCACUUCAAGAUCCUCCUUUCCAGCCGCCAAUUUGACGUUCUACGUCAAUACUAUGCAGCUUCACCCCAGUGAUUUGACAAGGCUGCACCGAUAUGUCAAAAGUGAAAGGGGUGGCCUAGAAACCUCCCUGCUGGAGCUGGAAACGAUCGCCGUCCCGUCAAUGUUUACGGAUGGGAAAUUUAGACUUCGCUGCAUAGCAACACAGUACAAUUUGUACAGAAAAGGCGCCGACGCCUGGCUACACGAAGACACUCCGCAGCUUGCCCAUGUCCUGGGGCCAUCUCAUCCAAAUUUUGAGCUGGACGAAUCCCAUGGGUCGAGGACGUUCCUGGACUGGCGGAUAUUGGCCGUCCUUCUAGGGCUGCUGUUCAGGAGGUAACCGAUGGUGUGAGCAGAACGAAUGGGAAAUCACUUAUUCCGAAUCAGUGACACAGCGGCUGUCCAGUGGAAAUUCGUCGAUGAAUCGUCCGUCAAGACAUUGGAAAAGUUUCAAGUCAACUCCCAGCAAAAUUGUACGACUGGAAAGCCAAUAGUUCAUUAUCGGCCAUCUUUCCAUAAAUUGUUACUUAAUAGUAUGUUCUUCUUCAAUACCAUGGUAAACCUCUUUCGUAUUAACGUUAUGGUAUAUAAAAAAAGGAUUCGCUCAAUAAUUUAUUUUAUUUUGAUAGUGUAAAUAUGAUUAUUAGAUUGUAGAUACCUUUAUUUGUAUAUAUCAUCAGUAAAAUUAUAAAUAAAUACAUAUAUA